AUUUCUUCACUUUCUCUGAGCUCUCUCAGUCGGUGACCUCCAUGAUUCCUCUGCAAAUCCACCACCUCACCCCACGUUUCCUCAUUUCCCAAACUACCCCUCUCCACUCCGCUCUCUCCCCCACCUCUCAAGCUGUCAAAUUUUCCCUCAAACCCUACCCCUUUUCGUUUUCCCCAAUUUUGCUAUCCAACCCCACCUGCAAAUUUCUGAAAGCCGCAGGGAGCCAAACGUCGUCGCUUUCUAGAAAUGAGGAAGAAAGCGCUGGAAUCUCAACCGGGCUCGAAGACUUGUCGGCGGACGGCGUCGUUUAUAAGAAGACAUUAGCGUUGGUGGAGUGCUCCAUGUUUGCUGCGCUCACUGGCUUGGUGUACUUCCUCAGCAAUUCUCUCGCAAUUGAGAAUUAUUUUGGCUGCUUCUUCUCGCUGCCGAUAGUGAUCACCUCAAUGAGAUGGGGCAUCGCCACUGGAAGAAAAACUAUGGUUGCAACAACUAUGCUGUUGUUAAUCCUGUCUGGUCCGGUGAAAGCCUUAACCUAUCUGCUUAAGCAUGGUUUAGUUGGUUUCACAAUGGGAAGUUUAUGGAGGUCGGGAGCAAACUGGAGUCUUUCUAUUUUCUUGUGCACAAUUGUUCGAUCACUGGGUCUUGUAGGGUAUGUCCUGAUAUCGUCGUUCUUGAUAAGUGAAAACAUACUUGCUUUGAUCACUAUAAACAUUCAUGCUUCUCUAACAUACAUAUUCACUGCAUCGGGCAUCUAUACAGUCCCGUCAAUGAAAGCAAUUUAUGUCUUAUUUGGUACUCUGGUAUUGAUUAAUUGCGGAUCCUUCGUGUUCUUGCUACACCUAUUAUAUUCGGUGUUCCUUAUGAGGCUUGGGAUGAAAGCAUCAUUAAGAUUGCCAAGAUGGCUGGAGAGGGCUAUAUAAUUUGACUUCCCAGAGAUUGAAUAAUUAACAACUCCAUAUUACCACAUGUUAUAGGUCGGGGGAAAAAACCAAAACCGCAACCGCAACCACAACGGUGGUUUCAUUUCUUUAAGUGAGACCAUGGCGAAGAUUCAGUAUCAUGUAUCAUCACAUUAUUCAUCAUUGUUCAUGACUACGUUCCUGUCAUGUAUACAUAAAGCUACGUUUUGUAUCGAAAACAGGCAAAUGUCGAUA